AUGUCAUCUGCAACUUCACAAUUGAAACCGUGGUCAGAGAUAGAACAUCUGUCUAAUGAGGCUCUCAUAGAACUCUUCGAGCAAUCGACAUCCGAGUUACACCAGUACGAUGACUUGGGCACCACUCGCGUGCGUCUUAUCGCGAGCGACACCAUAAUCAAAUUUCCUUCACAAUCGGAGUCCGAGGCAAUCGCCGUCCAGCUAGUCGAAAAACACACCUCGAUUCUCGUUCCUGCUGUCCGCAGAUUCAUCCCCGGAUGUUAUGAAGGGGAGAAUUAUCUCGUGAUGGAAUAUAUCCCCGGUCGGCUCCUGAAGGACUGUUGGUCCGAGCUCAGUCUGUGGAGGAACCUGGUCAUCACCUGGACGUUGAGGCGCUACGUCAGACAGCUUCGCACAGUCCCUUUCUGGCCCUACGGGCAGGAUUCACGGCCAGGACCCGUCGGUGCAGAGCCGCAAUGUUGCGAGCUUGCUCCUGGGGAAAUCUUCACGCUCCAAGGAGCUGGUCCUUUUGCGACGUACGCUGAAUUUACGGCGUGGUGGGACCAUAAGCUGGCAGUAUCUCAGCGCGAGGAAAGAGCACCGCUAUCGGUGCCCUCAUUUGAUGAUACCAUGCCGUUGGUGCUCACUCACUUUGAUCUGGCGCGCCGGAAUCUCAUCCUCGACGACGCCAACCGAUUGUGGGUCAUAGAUUGGGGCUGUUCUGGAUUCUAUCCGAAGUGGUUUGAGUCCCUGGGUAUGAUGUUUGACUGGAAGGACGCAGGGCGGUGUGGACACUGGUUAGUACGAUUCGUCGCAGGUUACUACCAGAAACAGCGCGAGUUCAUUGGGCAUGUCUCUUGGGCGUUGUCUACGGGAAUGUCUCCCGCUGCGCAAAUGACCUCUUUGCAUGCAAUUGGUGGUAUCCAAGCUGAAUUCUACGCGCGUCACGUUGACUUCGACCGCUUCACUCUGGCACCUAUGCUUUCCGCGCCGAGGCGACUCUUGAAUAUUUUCGUAAGUCACUUACAGGAUAAGCUAGCGACCAUAGACCCAGAGCUUUCUUCCCGAUGA